CCUGCGGGGGCGGGGCCGGCGGGGCUGCUGGCACCUCCCCCUUCCCUGCACCUCCCCCUCCCCGCCGUCCCCUCUGUAACUUGGCUGCCUUUUAUCGGGCUGAGCGGCGAGGCGGAGAGUUUAUUGGUGCUGGAGCUGCAGCGCGGCCGGGGCGGGGAGCGACCGCGGCGGAGGGCGGGGGGGGGCCUCGGCCCGGGACGAUGCUGCGGCUGGUGUCGCUGAAGUUGGGGCGGCUGUACCGCUACGUGAAGCUGGCGGUGUUGGGCAGCCUGGCGGCGGCGCUGGUGCUGAACACGCACUCACUGCUGGCCUCGCUGCAGCGCAACGAGCUGUCGGAGCGGCGCUUCUUACAGCUCAAUAAGUGCCCGGCCUGCUGGGGCACCAGCUGGUGCCGCAAGUUCCUCAACGGGCAGCUGCGGCUGGAGAGCUGGGGCCGCCUCCGCCUCUUCGACUUCUUCAACGUCAAGAACGUCUACUUCGCGCGCUACGGGGAGCCCCGCGAGGGCAGCCGCCGCGUCGUCCUCAAGCGCCUGGGCUCCGCGCAGGAGCUCGCCGACAUCGACACCAAAAUCUGCCGCCGCGCUACCGGCAGGGGCCGCUGCGACCUCCUCCAGGCCCUGCACGCCACCGAGUUCGCCAACCUCAACGGCGACGUGCGGCUCCUCACCCCCGACGCCGUGGAGGGCUGGUCGGACCUGGUACACUGCCCCUCGCAGCGCCUUCUCGACCGCUUGGUCCGCCGAUACGCCGAGACCAAGGACUCGGGCAGCUUCCUGCUGCGCAACCUGAAGGACUCGGAGCGCAUGCAGCUCCUAAUCACCCUCGCCUUCAACCCCGAGCCGCUGGUGCUGCAGAGUUUUCCAUCCGAUGAGGGCUGGCCGUUCGCCAAGUACCUAGGAGCCUGCGGGAGAAUGGUGGCUGUCAAUUACGUUGGAGAAGAGCUGUGGAGUUACUUCAACGCGCCCUGGGAGAAACGAGUGGAUCUGGCCUGGCAGUUAAUGGAAAUCGCUGAACAGCUGACAAAUAAUGACUUUGAGUUUGCACUCUACCUCCUCGAUGUCAGCUUUGACAACUUUGCAGUUGGACCAAGAGAUGGGAAGGUUAUCAUUGUAGACGCAGAAAAUGUUCUGGUAGCGGACAAAAGGUUAAUCAGGCAGAAUAAACCUGAAAACUGGGAUGUGUGGUAUGAAAGCAAAUUUGAUGACUGUGACAAAGAAGCCUGUCUGUCCUUCUCAAAGGAGAUACUUUGCGCUCGUGUCACUGUGGACCACAAUUACUAUGCUAUUUGUCAGAACCUUUUAUCAAGACAUGCCACGUGGCGUGGCACUUCUGGAGGACUACUUCAUGACCCCCCAGCUGAAAUAGCCAAAGAUGGUCGACUGGAGGCCUUGCUGGACGAGUGUGCCAACCCAAAGAAGCGCUACGGUAGAUUCCAAGCCGCAAAAGAGCUGCGCGAGUACCUUGCACAGUUGAGCAGCAAUGUGAGGUAGUCCACAGUGAACGUUUUUUGCAACGCUGGCUGAAACACUAUUGCAAAAACACUAGAAAAUGAAAGUUUGAACUUGUCUAUUAAAGAGAGAAAAGAAUAAAAACCACAGCUAGUUUAUCUUUUCUUUUGUUUUUCUAACUACCAUAAAACUAGGUAAUUUUAUGGGUGGUACAAUGUUUGGUUGCAAACAGACAAGGUACUUACUGAAUUAAAACUUGAGCUACUGUUGACUCUUCUCUCUAACUACUUAAAAGGGAGUAGGUCAGAAAAGCUUCAUUGACAGCUUGUGUGUCAGAGUACUUUACAUAAAACUGCAUUGGUGUCACAGUUUUGUGAAGCUGAUGUUCUUACUUGGAAAGUCAAGUUUCAGACUGAUGGCCUGUUUUAAAGGCCUUUUUCCCUGACAUUUUCCUCAUUUUUGUGUUUGUUUCAACACUUUGAAGUGGCAUUUACAUCCAGGUAAAUCUAGCUGUCUGCAUUGUUUCAAAUCCAACAAGCUUUCAUGUUAAUGCUGUGCUGUACAUUCCUAUGGUGAGCACAGGAUUCCCACCUUUACUGUCUGAUUUUAAGGGGUUUUACACUGUAUUUUACUAUGCUUAGACACUGUGGUUUGUUUGUGUUUCUUUUAAGAUUGUCAUAAACUCAAAUGUCAUUUGAACUAACAUUCAUUUGAUGUCUUUUGUAGUUCUGACAUUAGAAGUAUUACUUAAUGUAAUUAUUGUACCCUUCAUGCAAGCCUAUAUUCGUGACUGGUUUCAGCAGGAAAUCACGGUGUGAACAAACUUGCUUUUAACAGAGGUAAUUAUAGAAUGGGAGAGAGACUACAAUAAAAGGAUUUAUAUUAACUUAAA